CAGAAGACGCGGAGCAACCAAUGCGAGCUCUUCUGUGGGGCUGGAACGCUGUCCUAUCCUCUGUCUCGGGUGAGCGACUAAACGGGCGCAUCAGUCAUGUAAUUUGGGUCAAAGACUAGCUGCAGUGUAUGUCAGUGUAAGCCAGAAAUCUGAUCCUGAAAUCUGUGAAGUGCUGAAGGAUGAUGCCCUGGACGGGCAGUGCUGUAUUCUUCCUCCUGCUGGCUGUGGUUGGAACUGCAGUGUCCAGCAGGGAGCUGCAGUGCUCCAUGUGGCCUGUGGGGGCGCUGCAUCCAGUGCAGGCUCGACUGGAGUGCUUUGAGGUGGGAACAGGCUGUGCGGCCAGAGAGGGCGGAGCUAAAGAGACCCAUGUGAUUUCUGUGGGCAAAGCCUCCAAUAAACAGGUCACGGUGGUGUUGAGACCUUUGACCAUCUCUCGUCCCGUCAACCGGUUAGUGAUUCUGGUCCUGUGCUCCCAGCAUGCUGUGCGUUGGGUGUUGAAAAACGAAGGACUGUCGCACAACAUCAACGUGAUGGUGCAGGUGUCUCUGAACUCCACGGCCGAGUCUUCGAGCUUGUCUAUCUGCGUGAAGCAGAUUCAGUCUCUGCCGCCGCGGCCCCGUGUCCUUCUGCGCUGGAUCCUCCAGCGUCAUGCCACCAUCUCGUCGCUCACGCACACUGUUCGUGCCAACCGCGUUUACCUCCGUCUGGGAGAAGAUCCCAGCAUGCCGAGUGAGUGCUGCCUGCGGCCUCUCUUUCUGUCUCAGAACUAUCUGGCGUCAGAGCUGCAGGAGCAGGAGGUACACGGCUGCGUCCCGUCAGACCAGCCCGUGGAGAUGGAGGUGCACAUCAUCCGGCUCUGGUCUUCGGGGUCCGGACUGUGCAGCUCUCUGCAGGUGGAGGCGUCUGUCUCUCUGCUGCCUCCAGUGGCUCGUUCAGGCUAUCACAGGAUUGUUAUGAUCCUCAGCAGUGCGGCGCCAGUCAACUGGACUCUGGUGGCUCCAGAGGUCAGAGGUCACGUCAGGGUCUAUUCGUCCAACAGCGUGAGUCUGCCGUACAGAUCUCAAGCCCCCAGCCUCAGCAUGACCAGCACUGUGACCUCUGACCUCCUCAGCACCCCCGACCUUCUAGAAUGGGCCAAUCAGAACGGCUUUCCCAAAGUAACCUCGUACACCGAGGCUGAUCUGGCCAAUCGCUUCGUCAUCAGGUUAAGGGAAGGUGGAAAAGGGUCUUCAGACGGGGGGCAGGAUGACAUCAGCAGUGAGCCGCUCACCUGCCAGUGUGGGGGCGGAGCUCUUACUGUUACUGUGGAUACACAGAUGCUACAGGCUGCCCUUUCCAGAGCACAAAAAGCAAUUUUUCCAGUGUCGACAGUGACCCUGCGGGAUCACAGUUGCUGGGGUGAAUUCAACGGAAGCCACUUCCUGUUGGUUUUCCCUGUUAUUUCCUGUGGGACGGAGGUAGAAAUGGAUGAAGCGAAUGGAAGAGUUCAUUACACAAACACAGUGUUCCUUUGGAAACGGAAACCAUUGGAGGGUUUGAACAAUGGGACGGGCGAGGAGGUGUUGAAUGAGACGAGUCUGAUAGCCAUCCAUAUCAGCUGUGAAGCGUCUCUGAUCAUUCCUGUGAGUCCAGCAGACGUGGCUCCGUCCUCCAGGCCAGAGGAGGCGCUGCAUUUCAGUCCAUGGGUCCCGAGAGGCCACGCCGCUCCCGUCCUAUCCAUGGAGCUGUUCGUCACCGAGGCCUACGAGAGGAGAGCUGUGGGGCCCUGCGUGAUCACUGCAUACGACCGCGUCUAUGUGCAGAUCUCAGUGAGUUCAGGUGUUGCGGAGGCUGUGGAGCUCCAGUCAUGUCUGGUCUCUCCUCUCUCAGAUCCACAGGCUCACAGCGGCUGGUCUGUCAUCAGAGACUCCUGCCCGUCCGACCCGUCCUUCACACUGAGCCACAGAGAAACCCGGGAAUCCACAGACAGCACAGGACAUGAUGAAGACGAGAAGGCAGACAGGAAAGACGACAGAAGACCGUCGCAACCACUCUCCCGCUGGAGACAGACAGCGAGCCGCAGCGGAGACGAGAGAGCGAGACGAAACAAAGACAAGAGACCCGACAGACUGAGAGCGAGGAAACCUGAGGAACGCAGACGGAAGAGACGGGAGGGCGAAUGCGAGAGCGCAAACACGCUGCGGUUCAGUUUCAUCCUGCGGCCCAUCUUUAAUAACCCCAUCCAGUUCCUGCACUGCCGGCUGCAUCUGUGCGCAUCAGAUGAGGGGCCCUCAGGGGCCACCGCUCGGAUCUGUGCAGACGGGCCUCAGAUACCUGCUCUCACACACACAACUGCGUCUCAACAAUGUGAGUACAGAAAUCUGUCUCGGCCCGUGUUGGUUACGUAUCCUGCUGGGUUUCUGGCUCCUGCUGGGAAAACUGCUCAAAAGCCUUCUGAGACGUCUCCGGCACACAGCGAAACAGACGAGGGUCUUGUGUUCGUGGUCGUGUUCUCUGCGUUUGUGAUGGGUUUGUGUCUGAUGGGGGCGCUGUGGUGCAUCUACAGUCACACUGGAAGGCCUGACGUGAGCCAGAGAGGCGGUGUUAUAGAGGACAGUGGACUGAGGAACCCGCCGCCGGCGCUGAUGGAGCUGACCAGCGCUUUCCACGAGGCCAACUGAAGAUACGACCGUCGGAACCUGACAGAAACGAACAAACUAUCAUGUCUCUUGUGAUUUCUGCUUUCUUUAAAGCUCAAUUUGUGUACCACUGUUCUGAGGUGCUUGUAACUGAUUGUACUUGCUGCUUUUAUUGUGCUGCUAAAUGCUAAACCGAUCACAGAUUUGCGCUCCUCUAAUGUUCUUUAAUUUAUUUAAUUUCCACUCCUUUAAUUGUUUUUAAGUCGGUGUGUUGUAGUCCUAGACAAAUAUGUCUUCAGUAUUAAAUAAAUAAAGCCCGGAUACGCCGACAGUGAGGGUUGGGAAAGAUCUUUUAUCUGUCAUUUGUGCUUAAAACAAGAUGUAAUCUGGGGCCAGUUGUUCAAAAAGUUUAAUCUGGAUCAGAAUGAUCUGGAUUUGGAAAUCCUAUGUUUUGCUAUCCAGGAUCAGGUAACCAUUUUAUUUUUGUGCCGGUUUUUCAAAGCAAAAUUGGAUUGGAUCACCCUGAUCCAGAUACACACUUUUUCAGAUUUCCAAAUCUGGAGUACUAGUGCUCUACGGAGCCCCUAAAGGGACAUGGUGAU